UUAAACCUUAAUUGCUCGGACCUCGCGGUCUCUCCUCCUCCUCCCUUCCUUCAAGUCACUCACAGACACACCUGAGAUGAGCUCCCUCUGACAAUCAGCCGCUGGUUGGUCCCAACGUGGCCCCUCCUUCAUCGGGCAGGACCAACACAUUAAACGGGUUAAAUCUGUCACCGGGAGCAGCGGGAGAUUCCUUCUCUUUAAUCGGCGGCUUGGACGAUCUCAUCUCCGAGCUUUUCUCCUCUCUAUCAGCUGCAGACUGAAUUUGAAUCCAUCAGUAGAGGAGGAAAGAUCAUCCUCAGCAGCAGAAGACGCAGGAGAAGCAGCGCAUCUCAGACACAGACCCGUGGGCGGCUGCGGGUGCGUCCGUCUGGGCAACAAACUGCUGCAAAUGUCGGUGCUAAAGAGAUUAUAGAUUCAAUUUAUUAUUUUAUGUUGAAUUGGGGGGGGGAAAUCCAAACAACGUUUUAACCUUAACCAGUUGAUAUUUUCCAAACAAGUAUCUGAAAAGUAAAUAGGGGGGCACAUGACACACCGGUGGAUUCACGGAGCCAGGUCCAACACCCAGACUGAAUGAGUCCAUCUUGGACUGUUGGACGGACUCCUUCAGAGGACAGGACGGAUGCAAACGGACUAAACACAUUCCGGCAACUGAAAGCAGCUCCAGCCGCUCAACAACCGGUGCGCUAACGGAACGGGAGGGGACUGUGACUCCGGGGGGAGCAGCUCCUUCUGCAGGGAAACAAUGCCAUUCCAUCAUGUGCGGGCAGGCCUGCUCUAUCCGGACAACUACCUGAGCAGCUCCCUGACUGAGGGCAGCGAAGCCUUCCAGCUCACCAGCCUCUCCACUGAGGAGCUGGGAGAGAUCCGUGAGGCCUUUCGAGUUUUGGACCGAGAUGGGAAUGGCUUCAUCUCUAAGCAGGAGCUGGGCAUGGCCAUGCGCUCCCUAGGUUACAUGCCCAGCGAAGUGGAGCUGGCUAUCAUUAUGCAGAGACUGGACAUGGAUGGGGACGGCCAGGUUGAUUUUGAGGAGUUCAUGACGAUACUAGGGCCUAAGCUGCUGUCGUCUGAAAACAGAGAAGGGUUCCUGGGCAACACCAUUGACAAUAUCUUCUGGCAGUUUGACAUGCAGCAGCUGUCUUUGGACGAGCUAAAGCAGGUGCUGUUUCAUGCCUUCCGGGACCACCUGACGAUGAAGGACAUAGAGAACAUCAUCAUCACCGAGGAGGAGAGCCUCAACGAAACCUCAGGGAACUGCCCUGAGUACGAAGGAGUUCAUCCUAAGAAGAAGAAUCGGCAAACAUGUGUUAGGAAAAGCCUGAUCUGCGCCUUCGCCAUGGCUUUUAUCAUCAGUGUCAUGCUUAUUGCAGCCAAUCAGAUGCUGCGGAACGGCAUGGAGUAACACUGGUUGCACUGUGAGCAUGGGGAAUGGGACAGAAACAGCCAUGACCUCACAUUUUCUCUUCACGGCCAAAGCUGCACCAGCCACAACCCAAGCACUUCUCCCAACAAUCAGUUGAGCAUUUUCUGUUUGUUUUCAUGUGAAUUAUUCUUGGAAAACUGUGGAUAAAAUGUUAAGAGCUUCUCUUUUUUUGCAAUAAAGAUGUCACCAUGUAAAGUGACUAGAAUUUUACUGACUAGAACAGUUAUGGUUUUCUAUAAAUUGUGACACUAAACAGGAAUUGUUGUUUUCAAGACCAAAACCACCCUUUAAACUUGAUUUUAUAAUUACCAGAAAUGCGUAUCAGGUGCUUUAAAUCAUGCCCGAUUUUCAAAAGGAAAAACAGCGAACAUAUCAAACAGCUGCAUAUCUAUCCCAGAAAAUGUGCAGAGAAUGUGAACUGAGUGAAUGUGAGCACUCUUUACUGGUCACAGCAUUGAAAUGCAUACCAAUUUCCUCACAUCUUAUGUAGCUGUGCAUCAGCGCCACAUUUAGCGUGAAACAUUCGUGUCCUCAGCUCAGUCUGCUAUUUGUGUUGCUGUGUUAAAUCUUUAUGUACAGGAAGCACAAUCCCAAAUCUCAGAGAGUGAUAACUUGGUUUUCAUCACAUUUUAGUAAAAACAGACUAAUCGUAUGAAUUUUUUGCAUUGUGGCAAACACUGUGUAUAUAGAUAAUAGCCAGAGGCAUCUCAAGAGGUGUAAAAAUAGACCAAACAGAAAAUAGACCACUCUGAAUUCAGUAAUUGUCAGGUAUGUGUUUGUGGCGAAAAAUAAAGGUCUUACAUUAGCAUUCAUUGUAGUACUGCUCAUCCGUACAAACCCCCUAAAAGCAUGCCAGUAUAUAAACUCCCAUUAAUCUAUAAUGUAAUGUAAUCUACUACUCCUCUCAAAAGCAGAAAGUAUCAAAGAAGAAAAACCAGUAACUUUACUAUACAUCAAUUUAAAUAUACACCAAUGCCACUUUAUGAGGAAGGUUUGUUGACAAAAAAUGUGAUUCAGAGAGUAACAU